AUGGUUGAGGGCAAGGUCGAUCACAAUUGUUAUGCACAUGUGACUGCCUACGUCAGAGACGUCGUAUCCACAAUCUCCCGACAGGAGGGCCGGCGGACGAAAAUCGAAGUAGACCAAAGUGUAAUCGACCGUUGGGAAGCUAUCAGAAGCAUGACUGCCACCCACAACGUCACUUUUGAUGCUGCCGAUGGCCCAGUAACAGCACACGAUAUUGCUCUCAUGGCGACGUCACCAGUUCUGUCGGCAAUGCUCCAGUCCUGCAUGACAGAAGGCGCUGGAAAGCGUAUUCAAGUCAAAGAUUCUUCCGCCUCGGGUGUGUCCCUGUUCUUGGACCUUGUGUACACGAGCUCCACAUGCAGUGAAGUUGAGUACAAGACCGCGCUUGAAGCCAUGGACCUCGCCCAUCGCUGGCAGGUGGAGGGCGUGGUGCGCGUGCUCGAGGAGAUCCUACAAGGAAUGAUCACCGAUUCCAACUUCGUCGACAUCGCGUCGGCUGCCACGUUGAAGGGCUUGAUCGGCCUGGAGAAGGCUUGCACCAAGUUCGCCCAGAGCAGCGAGGCAUUGCGAAAGAUGUCACAAAACGGGGAGUUGCCUCCUGCUCUCGAAAAGCUUAUCGGGCAUCCGGCAACCGCAUCUGAUACAUCGGCACCAAACAAGAAGCGCCGGACCUUUUGA